AUGUCCAAAACAUUCACUACCGCCGACGUGUCCAAACAUACUGCCACCGCCAGCGAUGGCAUGUACAUCAUUAUCGACGGCUCCGUCUAUGACGUGACCAAUUUCGUCGACGAACACCCCGGCGGCGCCAAGAUUUUGAAGAGAGUUGCGGGAAAGGAUGCCAGCAAACAAUUCUGGAAGUAUCACAAUGAAUCCGUGCUCAAGAAAUAUGCGCCGAGGCUGAAGAUUGGCUCAAUUGGCGAGAAGGCCAAGUUGUGA